GUCAUUUAAUAAUAUUCAAGGGAAAUCGAAGAGCAAAACCAAAAUUCACAAUCAAAAGAAGCGAUCAGACGCUGUUGGUAUUUCGUACUUUCAGAAUUAGCCAUCGUUUUAUUUUUCCGUACUGUGCCAUGUGACUGGAUGCAUGCUUAGCAGAAGGCAAGAGAUAGUAGCUGGGAAAAGUGUGCAGGAGGUUGUGUUGCUUGCUUGUUUUUGCUGUUAAAACUUUUGGACGACUGAUACAAAUAAUUUUUUUAAAAUCCCAAUGAGUAAAAAUUUUAUUUUUAAUUUAUAAAUAUUUAAAAAUAAACCAAUCUAUUUAUAUACAUAUGUGUAUAUGAAUAUUAUAUGUUUGAAAUUUAAUGCAGAGACAUUUAUUAUAAACAAAAUUGUGCGAUAGUUAAGCCUUCUUGCACAGAACAGUUGCAUACAAUCUGAAAAUGUCCGGAGACAACAAAAGCACUAUGUAUGCUCACAAGACCAGGGAUAUUCCUGCAAAAAGGAUUCUAAUAAACGACCCGACUCAAAUGCCUAUGGACUACAGUACAACCCCUGGGGGUUCGAUUUUCUCCACCACUCCUGGAGGUACUAGAAUAUUUUAUGACCGAGCAUUUUUACUGCAAUGCCGUAAUUCUCCAUUGGCUAAAAGCCCUCCUGCAAAUAUGGCACAGAUUCCUGGGAUAACAAUGCCCGGAGAAGUUGAAAUGCCUUGUAAUCCACAUACAGCAGUUGAAGAAGAGAAAGGUACUAAAGAAAAUGACGAACAACCACAGUUUCAGAUGGACAUUUGAACUUUUCUUCAAACUUUUCGUGUGAUUUUCUAUGGUUCUUCUUGAUGUUGUUUCUUCUGAACAGGCAUUUAAAAAGAAAAAAACAAAAAAACGAUACCUGCAAAUUCACCAUGCUGAUGUUGGAUUUUGUGUGCUGAUAAAUAAUCUAAGUGCCAGAUAUUUCAUUGUCCAGCAUCUUGAUGUUACCAGCGGCUCAUUGUGAGGAAACUUACUUGGUCCAUUUUCGUAAAGAAAAAGACAGAAAACAAAACAAAACAAAACAGAAUGGAAACAGCAGUAGCAACAACUUAACAUAGACAAAUCUCUUGAAAUUAAAUUUGUAAGGUGUGUACCUGGAUGGAUGUGAGUAUGUAUGUUUGUGCCAGUGCGUGUUAGUGUAUGUAUAUGUAUGUGUGUAUAUAUAAAUAUAUACAUAUAUAUACGUGUAUAUAUAUAAUAUGUAUAUAUGUACAUACAUAUACAUGUGUGUAUGUAUAUAAAUGUAUAUAUGUAUACGUGUAUGUAUAUAUAUGCAUAUAUGUAUAAUAUAUAUGUAUACAUGUAUGUAUAUAUAUGCAUAUAUAUAUAAUAUAUAUGUAUAUAUGCACAUGUAUGUAU